AAGAAGUAAAGGAAAAAAGAAAAACAAUAAUCUUCCUCCAAAAUCAUAAUCAUUUCCAUUUGUUGAGAGGCAUGUUAGAUUUUUUGGUACUAACUUUAUGAAAAUGAUAAAUGUGAUGUAGUAAGUGAUACAAGUCUACACUCUAUUCCAGUUAUCGCAAACCCAACCGAUCCAGUCUCUUUAGAUUCCCUUUCUCCUAGAUCAGACCACAACCAUUUGGCCACUUCUGUCCUAAUUUAUUCUCUCAUCAAAACCUCUAUUUUGCUUCUCCCUUUCCUUACAAGCUGUUCACUAUAUCCCCUGCGAUUUGUGUUUCCCACAAACCCUAAUUUUGCAAGAAGAGGGGUUUCUUCUAAUUUAUAUAAAUCUCGGUUCUUUUUGCCAUUUCGUUUUCUCUGAUCAUGGAUUCUGAAGAAGACAUGCUCGAUGCGCACGAUAUGGAGUCUGGAGAGGAUGAUUUCUACAGCGGUGGAACUGAUGAUUGUAAUGAUAGUGAUGAUGGUGAACCUGAUUAUGGGUUUGUUGAGGAAGAUGCUGAUGAUUCUGCUAUGAUCGCCUCUCAUCGCUCUCAGAAAAACUUUUGUGUUCUGAGGGAAGAAGAUAUUCGCAGGCAUCAGAUGGAUAAUAUUGAACGAGUUUCCGUUGUUCUCUCGAUAACUGAGGUUGAAGCGAGUAUUCUACUUCGUCACUUUCACUGGAGUGUCGGUAGAGUUCAUGAUGAGUGGUUUGCUGAUGAAGAGAGAGUUCGGAAGACUGUUGGCAUAUUGGAGAGUCAUGUUGUUCCACCAUCUGAUGACAGUGAACUUACAUGUGGAAUCUGUUUCGAUUCCUACCCUCCUGAGAAAAUCGCUUCAGUUUCUUGUGGCCAUCCUUUCUGCACUACAUGCUGGACAGGUUAUAUCAGCACAACCAUUAAUGAUGGCCCGGGAUGUUUGAUGCUAAGAUGUCCUGACCCAUCUUGUCUUGCUGCUGUUGGUCAUGAUAUGGUUGACAAAUUAGCGUCUGAAGACGAAAAGGAGAAGUACAACAGAUAUUUUCUUAGGUCUUAUAUUGAAGACAACAGAAAGAUGAAGUGGUGUCCUGCCCCGGGAUGUGAUUUUGCGAUUGAUUUUGUUGCAGGGUCUGGAAAUUAUGAUGUUUCCUGCUUGUGCUCGUUUAGCUUUUGCUGGAAUUGCACUGAGGAGGCUCACCGACCUGUGGAUUGUAGCACAGUUUCAAAAUGGAUAUUAAAGAACAGCGCUGAAUCUGAAAAUAUGAAUUGGAUACUUGCCAAUUCAAAGCCUUGUCCGAGAUGUAAGAGGCCAAUUGAAAAGAAUCAGGGCUGUAUGCACAUGACAUGUACACCGCCUUGUAAAUAUGAAUUUUGUUGGCUAUGUCUUGGUGCAUGGAUGGAUCACGGGGAAAGAACUGGUGGUUUUUAUGCUUGUAACCGUUAUGAGGUGGCCAAGCAAGAAGGACAGUAUGAUGAGACAGAGAGGAGGAGAGAGAUGGCCAAAAAUUCGCUAGAGAGAUACACACACUAUUAUGAACGCUGGGCAAGCAAUCAAACGUCGAGGCAAAAGGCUAUGGCUGAUCUGCAGCAAGCGCAGAUGCAGAAUCUUGAGAAGCUUAGUGAUAAACAGUGCACACCAGAGUCUCAGCUCAAAUUCAUUUUAGAAGCUUGGCUUCAGAUCAUCGAAUGUAGGCGAGUCUUGAAAUGGACUUAUGCAUAUGGAUACUACCUACCUGAGCAUGAACAUGCCAAACGACAAUUUUUCGAGUAUUUGCAAGGUGAAGCUGAGUCAGGUUUAGAGAGGCUCCAUCAAUGCGUAGAGAAAGACUUGGUUCAGUUUCUCAUUGCGGAAGGUCCAUCAAAAGAUUUCAAUGAUUUCCGGACAAAACUAGCUGGUUUGACCAGGUAAGCGUUUUUUCUUCAUACAUCUAUCCUGUUGUGUGACAGAGAAGAAGAAGAAGAAGAAGAAGAAAGUGCUUAAGGCUUUCAGAUAGAUGUAGGAAUAUAAUUUGUGCGAAACCCUAUGUAAGUGACUAAGUCUGCUAUAUUUAAACCACAAGGCAUACAUAAUGUUAGGUCCUGUGGUAGUUUUCUGAAGUAGCUAAGCUGACCUAGUCGAGACUUUCACCAAGUAUUCUUCUUAUAAAUGCCCUUCACAUUUUUCAGAAAGCUAAACCCAUAUUUCUAUAUUUUUGUAUUCUUACAGCGUGACGAAAAACUACUUUGAGAAUUUGGUGAAAGCUCUGGAGAACGGUCUUGCUGAUGUAGACUCACAUGCGGCUUGCAGCAGCAAAUCAACAAGCUCUAAAUCAACAGGUUGCAGUAGCAAAACAAGAGGUAAAGGCAAAGGAAGUUCCAGAACUGGUGGAUCCAGCAGAAACCCAGAUGACAACUUAUAAUAAUCCAGAACUGGUGGAUCCUCGCCAAGGUACAAAACCCGAAUUGAUCGUAUGCAAUUGUACAAUGCACACGCUCGAGGAAAAGCCCAAACUGCAUGCACAUAGUGGAAUUCUAAUUCUUCUGUCAUGCGUGUAUGCGAUUUGGAUCAUCGGAUUUGUGACAAGUUUCCUACUUAUGUAUAGUGUAAAAGAAUAUGUAUGUGUUUAUCUAUCUCUACACACAUUGUAACAAUAAUUCUGUUGCCUACUCUGCUAUGGCAAUCUCUGUGAAACCAAAAUCCAGUGACCUCAUGUGUCUGGUUUUAAAGAAAAAAAAGAGCAAAUGGUACUUGCUUUGUUUGGCUUUACGUGACCAUCUCUUUUAUGUUUGUAAUAUUUGAAUUCAUGUUUCAUCUAAAGAAAGUGUUUAAUAUUGAAUCAUUUUGGUUUUUGUAACUUAU